UCUUUACAGAGAAGACUAAAUGGAAAAAAAAUACACAAAAAAAUUUAAAAAUCUAUGUCCAAUCUGAUCUCAGAGUAGUCAAAAUAUUUCCCAUGAAAUAACAUAACAUUGUUCAUGGAAAAAAUGUGUGAAUUUUUAAGGCAUUUGAGAGAAUCACAAUCAAACAGAGCAUUGACACAGUACUGCAUUUCUGAGAUAAUCUUUUAAAAAUAUAAGCCAAAACAGUGUCUGAAGUUACUUCAUUGGAAUAAGAUGUAAAUAUUGCAUUUGGUUUCUGUGUGUGCCAUGUCAAACCCAGUCAGGCAGGAGUCUUGUGUAGAGUGAAGAACUUUGACAUUAAGAAAUCAACCAUUAAACAUUUACCAAAAUAAUCAAUUAUCUUGUAUAAGCCAUGCUAUCAGAGCAUGUAUCAAAUUUGAAAGGAACUUCAAAGGCUUUCCACUUUUACUAAUCAAACUGAUUUCAGAUUAUUGUACGGUGUGUUUGCAAUCUCAGAGCAGCUUGGCUUUGCAAGAUAGAGAGAAUGAAAUAUUAGUCCCUGUUUCCUAAUUAACUUUAUUGGACUGAACAGACAAUAAACUGCAUGCAUUCAAACAACAAAAUGGACAGUAUUUGGCAAAUAUACAGAGACAACUGUGGCUCAAUGGGGAAAGUGGUUGUUUUGCAAUCUAAAAUUGUGGAUUUGAUUCUAACUUCCCCUUUACACAUGUUGAUGUGCCCCCCAGGGCAAGGCACUAGAAAAUCACUAUGCAUAUUAAGUCAUUAUACAAAGAAGCAAUGAGGAAGGCAAAAGCAUAGAGAUGAAAAUACUUACAAAAAUGAUAUUAAAACUAUGGCUGUCUACUGUUCCCAUAACCUGGUAAAAAAAACAGCCCUUUUGUACUACACUUUGCUUUGUACAGAGGGUCAGGGCUCUUGGCUGCUGAGAAAUAAAUGCUUCCUGGAGGCUGUUGAGUUUUCAAAUGUUUUCAAAAUUGACAUAUGUAAUGCUCCAGAUCAACGCUAAGAAGCUUACCAGAAACCGUCUUGCACUGCAAAGUGCCAAUCCAAACGAGUCGGUUGUUAAUAUAUAGUCAGUAUCUGAAAGCAACACGGAUUGAAAUUCCUCCAUUGCAACAGGCAGACUACAAUUCUAAAAUCACCCAGAAAAUUUACGUCAUCGUUCAUAACUUCUCAUUCUGUUUGCUGAUUGGCCCAGUCAAAAACCGAAAAGGGAGACAAUCCGAGUCAAGGGGAGAAAGCCGAGACUACACUAGAAGAAAUAAAAAUUUUUCAAGCUGAAUUGCACAGGAAGGCAAUGGCCAGGCUGCUGUUUCCAUUAUUACCAUUCAGAAAUAAUUGGCUUCUGCAUGCUUUUUGUGUGUGCAUGCAGUUAUGGGGCUCUAUUUAUAUGUUGAGCAUAUGUGUGUGUGCGUGUGUAUGUGUUUUUGUGUGUAUGCAGGCUAUCUGAAAUUAACGUGUGAUGAUAGUAUCAUUGGGGGGAACACCAAGUCUAAGAGCAGACCCUAGCAAUGCAGGAUGUACACAGGCCAAAAAACUCAACAGACUACAGACCAGUGGGAACUGGUUCUUGGCCAACCAGUAAACUGCAAUAACCAUUCACCAACUGUGCAGCGAUGAAAAAGACAGUUCAGGUGAAAAUGUUGGCCGACAGAGGCCCAAGAGAACCCAAAUGCCUGUUAACAACACCAAACAAUUCCCUUCCUGGGAUUUUAUUCUCCCCCCCUUUUUUUUUGUCAUAUGUGCAUCACAUAUGGUCGCCACAAACCACAUCUUUUCAUAUCAGUAGAAUAAAUGUUAGGCAGCUUAAUUUAAAAUCAACAUUACGCAACAAAAAUUGCAUAUUGUUAAAGUUAAUUAAUUCAAAUAGCUUAGACAGUUCAUGGUAAAACUACAGUUCAUCACCUAGUUGUCAAAGCAGUGUAUUUAAAAGACACUCCUUAGCUUCAUCACUGCAGUCUUAAAUAUUUGUUCUGUUUUUUAUAAUUAUUUUUUUUGUGUAAACUUGCCUCUCAAUUACACUCGUUCAGCUUGUUCCCGUCUUUUGCACACACAUUCUUGUUGUAAUAAGUAAGAGGCACAGCCUAUGAUAAUGUCAAACACGAGAUGUAUGUGCUCUCCCGAAGCUACGAACAAUGGGCAAUACCACACCUGCGUUUUUACUGUUUGCACAGUCUUACUGAAUAACACGACAGAGAUGAGCUUAUAAUGACUUAAUGAAAAGCUUUUGUGGGUCAGUUAUGUCUGCACUAGGAGUGUUCUGCCCACUGUUUAGAAAUCUACUUAAAGACUCACAUCAAGCUGAAAAUUGAAAGGAUGAAAGGUGCAGUCGUUGCUCUAUUCAGAUAAACAAGAAUUUUGACUAAAAACUAAAACGAUGGAGAGUGCAAUCUUUCUGCUGAGUUUGCUGAUUUUUGGAUGUUCCCAAGCUGAAAUCACGUGCUCAACUCGCAGAUGUCUGGCUCAAAGUCUAAUUAGUGAAGAAUAUUUAUCUCCACCUCAGUCUAAGAACUGCACCUUACGUGUUGACGUUCCAUUAAUUGAGUAUGAAACGCUGUCAGUCGACAUGAAGGAACUACAUCUAGAGAGUCGUCUGCAGGUUACAAUUGCAUGGGUGGAUCCAGAGCUGGCGUGGAACACAUCAGUAUAUCCAUUUGACAAACUCAUUUUGCCAGUAGACAAAGUGUGGACCCCAUAUAUCUCUAUAGAAAAUGGAGAAAGCUCCAUGGAGCAUGAUUCGCCUGAUCUCGUGGUGUACAGUAAUGGUACAGUGUGGCACAAGGUGGUCAUACUUGCAGAAGUGAAUUGUGGAAUCAAUCUGUUCAACUAUCCUUUUGCUUUUGAUGUGUGCCCCAUUGGACUUAAAUCCACACCACCAGAUGAAUGUGGGAUAAGCAUAAAAGUUGAUCAAGUGAAGUUGUCAGAGAAUUCUCAUGGAGACUGGAAAACGGAAGACGUGAAGCUGGGAAAGAAGCGAGAGGAUCGCAAUUUUAUUGAUGUGUCUCUACGGAUCAGACAAACCAACCCAUUCAUCACAUUACUUCUGCCCACUAUCUUGAUCAUGGUGGCUGAUAUAGUCAGUGGUGCUCUGCCACUGCAAGGUGGUGAGCGCAACUCGUUCAAGGUUACCUUGGUGCUCAGCUUCACCAUGUUUCUGAACAUUCUCACCACCAUGCUUCCUGGAGACAGCAAGUGCAGCCCAGUGAUCCGAAUCCAUUUCUGUGUUUGCCAAGUCCUGAUGGUGAUAAGCAUGUUGGUAUCCAUGGUCUUGACAAGGGUGUCUCAAGAUGGGCUGGCUUUUUUCACCUGCUUCUGUAAAAGUCCUGCUCCUCAAUAUGAAGAAGACAACAAAGAAAAUGAGGAUGCAGAGAACAAAGCUGUCAUCAGUGUCGUUCAGCAAGGUCUUUCUGAGGACUCUAAAAUGCUCCAGAAGAUUGUCAGAAUCAUGGAGGCUGUUAACACCAACCAGACAGAAAUGGAACGUCAUCAUAAACUUGCAGAUAAACUGGACAGAAUCUUUUUCUGGUUGUAUUUGAUCUGUACCUCUGGAUAUGUUAUUGCCAUGACUUAUGUUAUGGUACAGUACAGAUGUGACAUUGAUCAUUUUAGUUUUUGGAACUAAUGCAACAUAGAAGAUAAUCACUAAUUGUUUUGACCUCGUAUUUAUUAUGAUAUAGCAUUAGAACCUUGUGAUAGAAUUCUUAGCUAAAAACCUAUAUACUCUUAAAUCAUGUAACUAAUCAGUUCAAGGGAGGUUUAUUUGUGUAGCUCAAUUCUUCACUACAAACAAGAAAUACAGUAACAGAAUAAUAACAGAAAGCACGCUUCACAUCAAAAGAAAUGCUAAAAUACAAGUUCAAACAAAUUCAUGACUUGUACAAAAUAAAGACUGAAAUAGUUAAUUUACUAUCUCGCAUAUUUUUGAUGCAACCCAGCUAAAAACUUCUUGUAUUAAUGUAAAGGCUUUGUGGAUACAUGGUAAUUAACAGGUGUUUUGUGUAUAGUGGUGCAGUUGUUAGUGCUGUUGUCUUGCAGGAAGAUGGACCUGGGAAGCAAUCCUGACUUGCACUAUGUCUGCAUAAAGUUUGAAUGGCCUCAUCAUGUACAUAAAUGUUACUCUAGGUGUGAAUGUUUUUAUGCAAGUUGUUUAUUAUAUGAUGCUCACACAAAACCGGUGAACUUGUGAAGGAUGUACCGCAUCUUUCACUGACAAUCGCUGCAGAUAGGCACAAAAGCCCAUAUAAUCUUACUAGAAUAUGUGUGUAUAGAUAAUAGAUGGAGGAGUAGAUGCAUUAAUAAUUGUGUAGCCACAUCUGAGAUGUAACUAUAUAUUUCUUGUGUUAUUCUUUAUUUUAUCACUUAAAUAAAACAAAUAUAUACCCUAU